UGCAAUUUUGCAUUGAAAUAUUUUCGGUGAAAUCUGCAUUUGUGUUUUGGGAAAAUAAAUAAUAAUUGCAUUUUAGUUGGAAACAUUCCAAUUAUUGUAGUAAAUAAGUAAUUUAUAGGAUCAGUGACCGCCGCGCGCUUAGUCAGCGAAUGCGAUUCUCGUGUCUUUGUUAGUUAAUUUUGUCCGGUUGUGAGUACGAAUAAUAUUAUUUGUGUAGUGUUAUUUUAAAAUGGAGACAAUGCAAGUGGAUUGUGAUAUGCAACCGGACAAGGAUGAUAGCGGAUGUAUUCAGGAUGACAUGUCACCCUUCAGGCAGAUCAGUCUUCUUGAUUUAUCGGAUGAUGUUCUACUCUACAUCCUACGACUCUGCUCCCCACGCGAUCUAAAGGCUCUUGGAUAUACAUGUCCACGACUUGGAAUCUUGGUGCAAGAGCGGUCACUGUGGAGGCAUGUGGAUGCUCGUAAUGAGGUCUUCAGCACCGCAAGGCUUGAGUGGUACCUGGCUCACAUGCUGCAUGAGGACACACAGGAAUUGUUGAUCAGUGGCCAUGCUAGGGAAUGUUCAGGAUGCCUUGGCCUCAUUAACACAACUCGGGCGGUUGCUGAAGAGGAUUUAAGCGGGCAGACUGCUGAAGAGAAGAAAAAGGAAGAGCCGUGUACUAGUGGCAACACAAUAUCGGAGGACAACAUAUCAGUGGUCCGUGAAAUGCCGUUCUAUGUUCGCAGACAUCAUUCCCGUUACUAUGUUAAUCAGCGCGUGGACUGUUUGCCACGACCACGCGACUACCCGGCCUGGAGUGACGACAGUGGCAUGGGCCGCUCGGGGCCCCAGAGCUGCGUGGGCCCUCAAUUCACAUUGACCCCACAAAUAAUGAGGCAACUGAGGCACCAGUGCAAUAUAACCAUACUCUCCCUGGAGUACUGCAAUGUUAAUUGCAAUGUCAUAAAUUUGAGCCAAUUUCCCAAAACUCUCAAGAGGCUGUCACUACGUGGGACAAAGUUCUUCAACCUGAUAAUUGAUCGAUCUUUUUUGACUAAAAUAUGCAAGUGUUUGCCCGCACUAGAGUAUUUGGACCUCUCAGAAUGCGACUGGUUGGAACCGUCGUCCCUUCUCCCGUUAUCCAAACACCCAACACUCACCCACCUGAUCGCUCGCGAGUGCUACAAGUUGACGGAAUUCGUUGCGUAUGCGUCGCUCACAUCCAGAUAUGGUUUUCGCACUUUGAAGGUUUUGGACCUUAGGGGAUCUCCGGUUGGCGAUUCAGAGGUAGCUGCACUCGGUUGGCUGCCUUACCUCGAAGAGUUGUGGCUUAGUGCUGCUCAUUUCCCCAAGAAGGUCCGCCAUGCUCACUACUCCGAUGAUGAAUAUGUCCCUCAUACGCUGUUGGAUAAUUGGGAGUUGCAGGAACCAGACUAUUACCAAAAGAAAUCUAUCCCAGAGCCCAUAGAAACCGAUGAGGAAGAUUCUAGCUUCCAAGAGAAUGUUGAACCUGAACCAUCCACAUCGAGGGAGGGUCCUACAUUGGGACCCACUUUUGAUGCCGAAGCUAAUAAAAGAGCGAAAGAUGUUGAAAAGAGAAAGUCAUUACCGAAAGAGCCAGAGGAAGAGAAAAAAGAUGAUAAUGAUGAUGAUGAUGAUGACGGCCAGGACGGACCGAGUGAUCCGAAAAGAACAAAACGUGAUGCAACCAUACACGUUCAUAUUGAAAGAAUUCGCUUGCAAAGGCAGAAUGAAAACCAAGAAGAGAAUCCUAAUCCGGCACCUUCAGCAAGUAACGUCAUUGUUAUCGGGCCAAAUGAAGAACCUCAACAUCCCUUAUACUGCGUAUGCCCUAAACACAGAUCUGUGGAAAAAACAGACAAAUCAACGGAAACAGAUAUGUCGGUCUGUGACUGUCCGAAGAAGAAAAACGAAAAAGAUAAGGAAAAUAAAACCGAGGAUCCCAAAGACGAACCAAGCGGGAGUCGAGACGAAAGAAAUGAUAACGCUAGAUAUGUUCGGUUUAGGAGAAAUCAAAAUUCUGUAACUGUCAAUUUCGCUGACGACUCGGAGAUCACAGUUCGUCGUCUUCCUAGAAAUGAAGAAGCAAACGAAGAAGAAAAUCGUCCAGACGAUAAUGCAAACCAAGAAAAUCCACAAAAACGUCGCAAGUUCUCUGAUAUUCUUCGCGCGUUCGCCGCUCAUUUGGAGACGCACGAACUCCACGACUGCAAAAAGCCUUCAAAGGAAAAUAAAGAAGGUGAUAAAAAAGAAGACGAUAAAAAGGAAGAUAAUAAAAAAGAAGACGUUAAAAAAGAAGGUGAUGCAAAAGAUGAUGCAGAAGAUGAUAAAAAAGAGAAGGAUGAAAUAAAACCUGAGGUCGAUGACCCCAAACCGGGCCCGUCAGGGGUUCAACCUAAACCUAAAGAGGAACCGGAAAAAGCUAAGCCAAAAAAAGAGCUAAACCCUAUAUGCGCCCGGAACCCGAAUCUAAGCCACUUAAUGCAGAGCAUUGACAACCAACACAUAAACAUUCACGUUGAUAUCAACCAAGAAAACGCCAACCAAGAGCAGAAUCGUCCAGAGAAUCCCAAUCCCAACAGAUUUGAGGCACACAUUUUCCUCCCUCGAAACUCAGUUUCGGCACGUAAUCCGAACUUGAACAUGCUCGUCCAAAACGCGAGCCCAGAAAUCCCAGACCCAGGUCGAAAUAUGGAGAAUCUCCCGUUUCCAGGCUUCGUCCACCCAAUGCCACCGUUCAGGGGAGAACCGCUACGAGAUUUCCAAUACAUUCUUGAACCCCGUCACCACGUUUUGUACGUGAGUGUCGGCUCCCAAUUUAAUACCUUCAGAUUUCCUCGUGAAUCCGUCGAGGGUGAGGGGAAUUUAGAUUUGCAUAUCGACUCCAGUUCGCUGGUCACGGACUUCUCUAUUCGUCGAUUCGGGCGCGCUGAUGGCGAGAACGUGAACUUCAUACAUUUCGGGCCAAAUGGUCCGGUUUUGAUGGGCAACGGGGGUAAUAAUAAUCGGCCGGAUAGGUCCAAUCUUCGCGUUUUGUCCGUGACCGGGUAUAGGAAUAUUACGGACCGUAGCCUGCUGCAUUUGAUCAGCGCGGCGCCGCAUUUGAGGAGGCUGGACUUUUCGAGCACCAUGGUCACGGAUUCUGGGGUUGAGAAUUUCAGAAAUCUGCGACCGGAUUGCGAAGUUAUCUACAGUCCCUUUGAGGAGAAACCGAAACCAAAAUGAAUGCAUUUCUCAAACAAUAUUAUUUAGUAUUAGAAUUUUGUGGCACAUCAAAGUCAAUUGUCAUAUUUUGACAGCUCGAAUUAGUUGAUUGCUUUACUCUGUGCUUUUUGAGAAAUUUUAUCAGUAUUAAUGAAAAGUUGAUUAGGAAGAGGUAUUUUGGCACGACGCCAAUUUUAAUUUGGUUUAUUAAUGAAUUGUAAAACAGAUACACUUUAUACGGUAAGAUAUGUUUAAUUGAAUAUUCUAAUGAUUUAUAUGAAAUAAUUUUUUUAAUUUUAUUAUUAGCAUUUAAUUUCCCUAUAGCCAAAUUGGGUAUAAUAUAAUAUAGGAUAAAAAUAUUGAACCAUCAAAUAUUGGUUAUAAUAAUGUGUAGGAAUAUCGUUUUGUAUGUAAUGUGUACAAGCAUUUGCUACCGGUUUUGCUUAAAGCAAAAAUCAAAUUAAUAGUGUCUGAUAUACUGAUAAUAAAAAACUGUGGGCAAAUGCUAGUAUUUUUCUAUUACCCUAUCAAACGGAAAGUGACGGUUUUCGGCCAUUUUAAUACGUUACCAAAACCGCUCUGAAUACUUCGCGUUUUUGUACUACAGUAGGACUGUUAGAAUUAAUCCUUAGAUGUGAUAUUUAGUUAAGAUUUCCGUAUUUACGAAAACCCCGCAAAAAUUUUAACCGCGUAAGAGAAGUUCAGUAACAGCUAUUCAAGUUUAAAAGCUUGCUAUAAUUACGUAUAAAAUAAUGCUUACAUUUGAUUUAAGUAUGAAAUUUUUUUUCGGGGUUUUCGUUCGUAGAGGUCAUUGAAGGGCAAAUUCCAAAGGUCAAUAACUUUAGGUUAAUGACAUCGUAUGGUUUCGUCACGUACAAAGCGAUUAAAAUAUAUUCUGAUUCUAAAAAAAUGUUACAAAAACCAUACGUUAUACAUUGUUUAGUCUUUAGUAAUAUAUUUUGAUUUCUUAGUUCCUUAGAAUGAAAUAUGCCGCCAUGAAUGACGUCUUGUCACUGGCUCAUACCACGCGAUAGACCGUUUAAUAUAUAGGUGUUUUAUUUGUGAACAUUUUUACCCAUUUAGGAAAAACGUCAAACUAAAUAAAUAUUCGUUUCUUUUUCAAAUCGUGUCUAUGUUGUUGAAAAGAAAUUUAAAUAAAAAAUUUUUUUGACCGAGAUCAAAGAAAGGAGGUUUUUGUUUGUAGUUUUAGAAUGGGAUAUUUCGGUUGACCCGGGGCACAAACUCGUAAAAUACUAUUACGACUGUUUUAAUGUUUUGUCAUUUUAGACUUACUAUAACAAUUUUUUUUCAGAGAUAUUCAUAACAUUUUAUAAAAGUCAAAGUCAAUAACUUUAUUUAUAUAGGUAAACUAUCAGUUCGCAAGUAGAGCGUAGAGCGCUAAUGAUUAUAAAAACACACACAAGGAUGUCUUUAUUCUACGGAAAUUAUUUUUAGUAUUAUACUAAUGUUACUUUCCUGAAAUAGAUGGCAGCAACCAUAAAGAUAGUUUUAGUAUAUCAUAAAAUGAUAAAAGUUUAUGCGACAGUUUCAAAACAAAUAAAGAGUGUUGAUAAAGUUAUGUAUGUACCAAUAAUAUUACCGCGAAAAGAUUGGUAAUAAAUUAUUACGUUCUAGACAUUUGUCAAAAUUAUUGUUGUAAUGUGCGCUUACUGUGUCAACUGUAAUUAUGUUUAAACAGUGAAACAAUCUUAAAACACUAGAAUUAGAUACAUUACUGUAAUGUACAUUUAGUUAUUUAUUAUCUGUUUACACUCAAACUCAAAACUUUCAUAUAUUAUGUAUAUGCAAUAUACUUUGUUUCCCGGGGUAAGCGAUUUGAGUAUGAAAAAUUAGGCAUGUAUGUUUGUCAACGUUAAACUUUAUAUUAAUACAUCGUAAUUUAUAUAACCCUUAUUAGAACUGUUUAAUGUUUAGUUUCAAGAGCUGUUGAUACAUUUUUUCUGUAUUAAGAUUGACCACGGACCUCAGGACGAAAUUUUAACUUUAAAUACGAACUAGAACAUGGACUUAGUUCGUCAAAAUUGGUUGAGUAGUUAUUGAGAUAUUUACGAAUGCCUGGAGGUGGAUUUUUCUAAAUUUUAUUAGAUUAAGAUUUUCUUGAGGAGUCAUAGACCUCUGUUUAUUAAUGUUUACAAAUUAAGCAUCGUAGCACAAGUAGUUGUAAGAAAAUUGAUGUCUACAUAAUAUUUAUUAAAGUCUAAAUGUAUAUUUUGUUGUAAAUGGAUCACUAAUGCGUGGACAAUUGUCUACAACUAUGAAUUCCUUCUAACAUAAAAAAGUGAAACAUCACUGAACAAGAUAGAACCGAGUUAAGAUUAGAAAAUGAAAUUGCAAGUACAGAUAUUGGUUAAAUAUGUUCUAAAACAUGCUGUCUUUGUACAUGUGUCAUUUGGUCUAUAUAUCGCGUUAUUCAUAUCGAACGUCACUGUUUUUAUAGAACAUGGCUGGAGGCUCAUCUGAUCUUAAGUGAUAUCGCCGCCCUUGAAUACUGAAUGCAAGAUGACCCGUGAUUGCUGGUCCAUUUAAUUGGUACGCUUUAAGCGCCUUAAGUUGAGUAAUGUUGAUUACAGCAGUCGAGACGAGUGUGGCUUGAGACGAAUAUGGUAACAUAUCUCAAAACUAGAUGGCGCUACAAAGUUGACACUAAAACAUGAUUGUAUGUUUUAGUGGUUGGUUGGCUGGUUUUUAGGAAGGGAUUAAUAGUUGUGGACAAUUGUAUGGAGUUUUUAGUUGGAAAAUUUGUGUCAUUUUAUUAAAUGAGUUUGCGCUUUUUAUUCUGUGUAAGAGAUAGGUUCAAAGUCGAGACUUGGGGCGAACAUUGAUGUACAUUUUUGACAUACGUUAGCGUAUUCCACUAUGUCAUUUCGAGAGAUAGGUUUGCAUGCUUAUUUUUUAUGUUUGAUUGUCCGGUUUUUUUAAACGAAUAAAUCUCAAUGUCUGAUCUGAAUAAAAUAAUGAUUAUUUAUUAAAAGAAAACCCGUGUGUAGCUUAUUGUAAAUCAGUUUUAACAUAUUCCUUAGCACAAAGUCUUGACUCUGAAUCGUGCACUGUGUAUUUCAUAAGUUUUUUACCCAUAAGAAGGUUUUGCAUUUAUCAUAAAAGUUAUAUCUAUAUGUAUGAUAAGAAAGAUUGGAAUUUCACGUAAAGCCUCGUAUGGUAAACAUUUGUUUUAUCAAAGCUCCCCACUACUGCCAUGCUUAUAAACGGUGGCACACCAUAGGUCGGUCACCUGAUGUCAGGUGAUACGGCCUACCGUGGACACUCACAUAGCCAGAAGGCUCGCAAGUGCGUGGCCGGCACGGCCGGCAUAUUGUUGACGUCCAUACACGUCUACAAUUUUUGAUAAACAGAUAUUUCCGCUCGUCAGGCCAACACUAGUCAACAUGCCGUUGUCAACGCUGCAACGCAGUGUGGCCAGCAACAUGUUGACAGCAACUCUGCAACACGUUGAUUCAACAUUGUUGCUAAAGCACUGUUUACCAUGAAUGAAUACCAAGCGUCAACAGCAUAUUAAAUAUUGAGUCUUAAAAGAAUAACUCUACAGUCUUAAUUUAUAUGAAUAGAAAAUUCGCGAAAAGUACUCCGUACAAUAACUGAAAUGACAAAGCAUAUCUUUUAUGGCAUCUUAAUUUAUUUUAUUAUUCCUUUUAGGUUAGUAUUUAAUUGACAAUUGAUAAUGCACGCCAUUAUUACAGAUUCUACAGCAAUAGAUAGUAUUUGCAUAGACUAUGUGACUUUAGAAGUAAAAACCUUCUUAUGAUCUCAAUAAUCUGAAUGAAUCUUGAAAUUUUUCCUAUUUUUAGCUUUAA